AUGAGCUUUGCCCGGCCAGCGAGAUGUCUGUUCUGCAACUUCUCCCGAAAUGCGAUCCCCGGCACGCGAGUCCCUCGUCGCCAAUUCCACCCGACCCCGGCGCCAUUGUCGAACCGGAAACCCAAGAUUCCCAGUGUUAAGGCCCCUGAGAAACAGAAUGGCUCGUCAUCUCGACAAGACCUGAAGCCGGAGGACUUCAAGGCCUACACCGAGGAGGAGACGGCCCACCUGGCCAAGGAGUAUUCGGCCGCCCAGAUGGAGGCUAUCAAGGCUGGUGAAGCAGCCAUCAGCCCUAAGGAUCUGUCCGAACAGUCCGUUCGCCGUACCGACCCCUACCGAUUCAAGUAUCUCGACGACUUCUCCGUUAUCGAACCCGGUAUCGAUCGCCACGUCCGCGCCCCCGAGACGAACUCUGAUUACAACUUCAAGCUGAAGUCCGAGGAUCAAUUCAUUGAGGAUUUUGGUCGAUUCUUCGCCGAGUCGAAUGAGGAUAUCAGGCCAGCGGACUUUGUGCGAUUCGCCGAGUCCCUGCGGUUGACGGAGGGCAAGGAGGAGAACGAGUUGAACCCGCACAGCGCUCUGGUGCCCGAUCUUUUCGGCCCCGGCGAGACCAUUGACGAGCCUCGCGUGGAGGAGCGCAAGACUGCGGCGGAGAAGGGCGAGAAGGAGCGUUCUCUGGAGGCUGAGGAGUUGACCGAUGCCCUAAAGAGCCUUCUUUUGGCUACCGGCUACACCGAGCGUCAGGUCCGGGAGCUGCGCACCAAGACUCUUGUUUCUCACAGUGUCGUCAACCAGACCCGUCUGGGUAAGGUUCGUCGCGCCUACCGUUUGUCCGUCGCUGGCAAUGGAAACGGUCUUCUGGGUAUUGGCGAGGGUAAGUCCGAGGAGGCUGCCGAUGCCAAGAUCCAAUCUCAAUACCGUGCCAUUCGUAACAUGCAGCCUGUCCCUCGCUAUGAGAACCGCACCAUCUUCGGCGACGUCAAGGGCAAGGUCGGGGCUGUGGAGCUGCAAUUGAUGCACCGUCCUCCUGGCUUCGGUCUCCGUACCCAGCACCUGAUCUAUGAAAUGUGCCGUGCCGCCGGUAUCCAUGACCUCGCUGCGCGGGUCAACCGCUCCCGGAACAAGAUGAACACAGUCAAGGCUGCCUACGAGGCUCUCAUGAGCCAACGCGACCCGGAGGAAGUUGCCCGGGCCCGCGGCAAGAAGAUGGUCGAUGUCCGCAAGGUGUACUACGCGGGGAAGGUCUAG